AUGACGAACAAGCCCAACUCACUUCCCUUCUCCUUACUCCUCCUUGCUCUCCUCUUCGCCUCGGUUCUCGUCGUCGAUGCCCACAAUGUAAUCUGCAAGUGCCACCGAGUCCAUGGCCACAAAAAGCACAACCACAAGGGCGACGGGCAGCAUGGUGGCGUCAAUGCCAAUGGCACCCUUGAUGUCACCGUCUCUCAAAACGGUACCGCAGGUGGCAACCAGUCCUCCUCCUACUCGUCUUCGUCGUCAUCAUCUUCAUCCAAUGUCACCAUGUCCCAAAGUAACACCGGUGCUGGCGAUCAAAACUCCUCGUCAUCCUCGUCCUCGACUUAUGGUUCCCUAUCUAGCAAUAGUACCGGAGCCGACAACCAAACCCCCUCCACGCCCUUGACUCCCCCCUCAUCAUCCUCAUCAAACUCCUACGACAAUACUGGAACUGGCAAUCCGACCACCUCCUCGUCGUCACCCUCGUCCGACAUCAGCACGUCUCAGAACAUUACCACAGCUGGCAACCAAUCAUCCUCCUCGUCUUUGCCGCCGCCGUACUCCUCUUCCUCAUCAUUGCCGCCCCCGUACUCCUCCUCGACAUUGCCGCCGCCGUCCUCCUCGUCAUUGCCGCCUGCAUCCUCCUACUCGUCUUCCUCCUCCACCAUCAACGUAUCUCAGAACGUUACCGGAGCCGGCAACCAAGCAACGUCCUCCUCCAUCCCUCCUUCGUCAUCGUCGUCAUCGUCCUCGUCAUCCACGUCCACCUCCACCUAUGUCGACGGCAGCAGCAAUGCCGGCUCGGUGGGCGUAUGCUUCGGACGCUCCGGCGACAAUCUCCCCUCCCCCUCCGUCAUCGUCCAACUGCUCAAGUCGCAUCGCAUCUCCAAGGUUCGCCUCUUCGUCCCCAUCCCCGCUGUCCUCACAGCCCUGAAGGGCACCGGGAUCCGGAUCAUGAUCGGCGUGCCAAACGAGAACAUCAUGCAACUUUCCUCGGGCGGCGCCGACGCUGCCCUUGCUUGGUUGAAGACGAACGUCCUGGCCUUCGUGGACGCCAGCCAGGUCUGCUACCUUGCCGUCGGCAACGAGGUGCUCCACACGGACGCUUCACUCACCCCGUACCUCGUGCCGGCCAUGUACAACUUUCACAAGGCGUUGCAGACGUUGGGCCUGGAUUCCAGCAUCAAGCUCUCUUCGCCAUGUUCCUCGCAGAUCCUCUCCGUCUGGACGCCUCCUUCGAACGGCGCGUUCGCUCCGUUCUGCCUCCCCGCCGUCCAGUCGAUGUUGAAGUUCCUGUCGGAGACCGGGGCGCCGUUCAUGGUGAACAUGCAGCCCUUCCACAGCUUCAUCAAUGACCCGGUCAGCACCAACUUGAACUUCUGCCUCUUCCAAGCGAAAGCGCAGCCGAUGCUCGACAACGGCCUGCAGUACACCAACAUGUUCGACGUGAUGUUGGAUGCCCUGGCGACGGCGAUGGAGAGGGAGGGGUUCAAGGGGAUCCCGGUGAUGGUGACGGAGACAGGAUGGCCGACGGCAGGGAACAACGUCGCCACGCCGGACAACGCAGCAGCUUACAUCGGGGGUAUCCUCGAGCGGAGGUCGCACGGCGUCGGCACGCCCAAGCGCCCGAAUCAAGCGGUGGAGGUCUUCUUGUCGGAUAUGUUCAACGAGAACACCAAGGGCGGACAGGAGUUUGAGAAGCACUUCGGCAUCUUCCAGCCUGACGGCAGCCCGGUUAUCAACGUCACCUCCUUCACUUGAAUGAGGUUCGGUGGCUCCGGCGAGAGAGAGAGACACAGAGAGAGACAAAUUUGAUGUCUGCUGUUUCUUUCUUUUGCUUGCUUUUUGUUUAACUCUGAUUCCCACGGAGUCUCCUCGCUUUGCGUUCGAGCGGAUGCACUGACGGGGACUCAUUAUGAUGAUAAUAAACUGCUCUCUUGGCGGAUGAUUUAGCAAGAUGAUGUUGAUUUUUCA